AUGAAUAUUUCAAAAUAUCAUCAGUAUUCAUCAAGUCGUUCACCUGAAAGAAAAAAUUAUUCUCGUCAUCAUCUUUCGGGAAAUCAAAAUUCAAGAUACUCUCAUUAUUCAUCACAAAGAGAUCUUUUUCCGGAUAAGAACCACUUACCAAGUACUAGAAGGAGUCAUUCUAAUAUUCAAAGUAGCCAUUCACCAACUGUUCAGAAAUAUAUGGAAUAUGAUAAUGAUCAUUCAUUAAGCAUCAGAAAUUCGAGAAGAUAUGAUAAUGAUCGCUCAAGCAUUACUAGGGAUUCAAGAGAAUAUGAUAAAAAUCAUUCAUCAAGCUUCAUAGGUUCGAGAGGAUAUAAUAAUGAUCGCUCAAGUAUUAUCAGGGAUUCAAGAAAAUAUGAUAAAGGUCAUUCAUCAAGCUUCAUAGGUUUAAGAUCAAAAAGAUAUGAUAAUAGUUAUUCGUCAAAAGAAUAUGAUAAUGUGAUUAAAGCUUUAAGUAGAGCUGUCAACUCACUUACAGAAAAAGUUCAAAGUAUCAAGAAUUCUCAAUCAAAACCGCUAGUAGAUGAUAUAUUUCAAUCAACUCAAUAUAAUUGA